UCAUCCCAAAUAGAAAAACAAACCUUUUUUUUUGAAAUUCGAACGUACGAACUAAAACCUAACACACUAAUCUCGCCGAUCUCUUCAGCCUCAUCUUCCCCUUUCCGUUGAAUUCGUGAGUUUUUUUUUUCUGGAGAACAAGAAGUAUGACUAUUGUCAACAAGAAAAGGGUUCGAAUUUCAUCUCCUGCCUCCGAUUCGGACGACGAAGAUGAAGGAAACCCCAAAACUCAUGAGAAUGGUAUUAUUGGAGGAAAGCGGCGAAUGAUAGGAUACAAUAAGGCUGGUGAUACUGAGAAUAGGCUAAAGUCUAAUACUUGUUACGUGUGUGAUGGAAAUGACGACUGGCUUUUGGUAUGUCACGGAGAGGAAUGUCCUAUAGCCAUUCAUCAAAGCUGUACAUCUGAUGAGCCUGAUUUUGAUGAAUUCCGAAAUUUUUAUUGUCCUUACUGUUGCUAUAAGCGUGUAAUUGCGAAGUCUGUGAAUCUAAGAGAGAAGCUUUUGGUGAUUGAGAAGUCUAGGAAAGGUAGAGAGACUUUAGGAGGAAUAGAUUUGGGGUCAAUGAUGGAUGAAGUUAGUGAAAAUAUAGAGAAUGUAGUUGAGGUAAAUGUUUCAGGAAGUAGAAGAGUAACAAGUGUUGAUCUUAGUGGGAAUAGAAGGGAGAGUGAUGAAUCAUACGAGAAAUUCAUGGCGAUGGAGAAGGAACAGCGAAUGAAAGAAGUUGCGGCUGAAACUCAGUCUCGGGAAUCUUCUGAGACUGGUGAUGAUGAUGAUGUGGAAGAGGGAAGACUGCAGCGAGGUAGAUUUAGUGAGAGCAAUGAAGAGACUUCAGAGAUGUGCAUUACUUAUGCCGGUGAGGAAAGAAAGGAAAGGGCAAGAGGUUGUGAGAAAAUCAAUGAAGAAGUACGAAUGCAGAAUUCUGGUGUAGAUGAUGAAACAAAGAAGCAGAGACGAUGUGAUGUAAACCAUGAAACAGCGCAACCACGCAGUUUUGUUGCUGGUGUCGAUACAAGAAAGCAGAGGAUAUACAGUGAGAAGAGCCAGCAAAACAAAAGACUUGCAGGAACUGAUGAGAAGGACGUCUUUAUCAAUGAUGAAGAAACACAAGCGCGCAAUUCAGAUAUGGGUGAGGGAACAGGCAGGCAAGGAUGUUGCCAUGAGAAUAACCAGCAAAAGAAUGCGUCAGCUACUGAAAGUUGUGAGCAGGAAGUCCGUAGGCCUGAUAAAAGAUUGUCGCACGGUUCUGGAUUUGGCAACAUGAGAUUUCGGCAGGGAAAACAUAUUGAAAAGAACCAGCAUAACGAAACUGAAACUCAGGAGAAGGAAGUUUUUAAGGAUGGGAAGAGAAAGCGGGAAGGAACAGUAGUGAGAGAUGGAGAUGAGUUUGACUUGGCGGAGAAUCAAUACAACCAAUUGCAAGGUAAUAUGAGAAAUGAUGAUGCGACCUUCAACAAGGAAAAUAAUGGUUUCGGAAAGGAAGAGCAAAUAGAGCGUAACUCUACAUCGUCUAUAUUAUCUCCUAUCUCUACAGACAAUGUUAACGACUCUAAUGCAGCUUCCCAAGAGUUAGCUUUGAUCAUCCACCCUGGUGUACAAGAACGACCAAUCGAAGCACAACCUUUUCGCUCCGCAGCUCCAAAGAAACCGUCUUUUCAACAUGAAAAAUACGGACACAAAAGUUACCUGGAGAAGAAUGGAUCUGCAUCUGAUGAUCCCAGACACAGGAAGUUUGUUUCAUGCAGUGACAAAAAACGUAAAAGACUGUUUUGGACGCAGGCAGAAGAAGAAAUGCUUAGGGUUGGUGUGCAGAAUUUUCCAGGCUUCCGGAAUAUUCCUUGGCGGAAGAUCUUGGAAUUUGGUAGGGAUGUGUUUCACGACGACCGGGUUCCAAGCGACCUCAAGGACAAGUGGAAGAACAUGAACAAAAUGUCAUUUCAGACCGGAAAAUGGGUAACCCUCUCAACUGAAAGGCAACCAAAUCACCUUGUCUCUGAAGCUUGUUCUGAAUGAGAAAUAUUCCAGUAGCCUUAGACUUUAGACUAGUAGAGGAAGAAAAUCAACGCCCCAUCGCUUUGCAGUUUUUGUACAACCUUGUUGGCUUUUGUCCAUAAGACUACGAGUGAUGAUUUGUUGACACUUGUAAAAAAAUGUGAAUUCUAAAACCCUACACCAAUGCUCCUUUAAUGUCUCGAAGUUGUAGUAGAUAAGAUUCUGUUGUGCAUGUCAAAUGAUAGCUC